AAGUGGUUUUCCACACGGACGUAUUUCACUGAAAGCACACAGGUGUCAUCAUCCAGAUGCUAGCCGUUAGCUUCUUGUACUCAAACUCUAGCCCACAGCUCGGCAGGUGACUAAACUUCUGUCACUGCCGCUGUUCCCGGUGGGUGUUUGCUCUUCAGAGGACGCGGUGUCCGGCGGUUCUUCGAACUGUCCUUAAAGCAGCCGUAUCGUUUUGUUGUCCUGUGCUAAUCGUUAGCCAACUGCUAACAAGUGUGUCACAGCAUCGGAGUUACAUGCGUCUGUGACCAUCUUCCAGCGGCAGCCGAUCCACGGGGACCAAGGAGCCUCUGACAGCCACCCCCGGCAGAUAUCAUGGAGCUCCAAGCGGUGCUGAUGGCGGCCGGAGGGGGCUCCCGCAUGACUGAUCUGACAUUCAACAACCCCAAGCCUAUGUUGCCCGUUGGCAACAAGCCCCUCGUGUGGUAUCCCCUCAACCUGCUGGAAAGGGUGGGGUUUGAAGAGGUGAUAGUGAUCACCACCAAAGAGGUCAACAAGAUGAUGAGCACAGACCCUAAAAUAAAGGAUGUGAAGAUAAAACUGGAUGUGGUUUGUAUCCAGGAAGACGGAGACAUGGGCACCGCAGACGCUCUCAGACACAUCCAUCAGAAGAUCAAGUCAGACAUCCUGGUGGUGAGCUGUGACCUGAUAACAGAUGUGGCGCUUCACGAGGUGGUUGAUCUGUUCAGAGCCCACAAUGCAACAGUGGCCAUGCUAAUGAGCAAAGCACACGAAUUCACAGAGAUAGUCCCCGGCCAGAAGGGGAAGAAAAAGACAGCUGAGCAGAGAGACUUUGUUGGUGUGGAUCAGUCCAGUAAAAGGCUGCUGUUCAUGGCCAACGAGGCAGAUCUGGAGGACGGGCUGUCGAUUAGGAAGUCCAUCAUGAGGAAACAUCCCAGGAUGCACCUCAAAACAGGCCUCGUCGACGCUCACCUCUACUGUCUGAAAAAAGCCGUGGUGGACUUUCUCACAGAGAACAAGUCCAUCUCAUCAAUUCGAGGUGAGUUGGUACCAUAUUUGGUGCGGAAGCAGUUUUCCAAAACAACCGACAGUCACAAAGUCAAAGAGGACGCAGAGGAUCAGAACCAGAAAAAGAGUGACUGCUCUACAAACCAUGAGAUCCUCAUCUCAUCACGGGACGAGCCUCUCCUCCAGCUUUCCCAGGAGCGCUCCUGUUGGAACGACCAUCACGGUGACAUGAGCGAGGCUUACCAUGGAGGGAAGCUGCGCUGCUAUGUUCACAUUAUGGACCAGGGCCUAUGCUUUCGCGCCAACACUAUACCUGCUUACAUGGAAGCAAACCGACUGACCCCAAAGCUGUUUGAGGAGCCAGCAGUCCAUCCGUCUGCCGUAAUUUCUGACAGAUGUCAGAUGGGAUCAGACAGUAUCAUCGGAGCUCUGAGCCAAGUAGCAGAUAAGACUUCCAUUAAGAGGUCCACCAUCGGCAACUCCACCACUAUAAAAGAGAAGGUCAAAGUCACCAACUCCAUCAUCAUGCAUGGGGUAACCAUCGAGGAGGGGUGUAACAUCCAGAGCAGUGUGAUCUGCAGUAAUGUCGUUAUCGGCCGCGGAGCAGACCUCAAACACUGUCUGGUUGGAAGCGGACAGCAGAUCGAUUCAGAUGCUGAAAGGAAUAACGAAGUCAUCGUUGGAACGGACCAGCUGAUGGAGAUCUAGCUUAGCGAGGGAGCGACGUCGUUAACCAAUCGGAGACCAGCAAAGCGUGGAGGGCCAACUAAUGAAUGGGCUGACUGACCAAUCAGAAGCAUGGAUUGAGCUGCUUUGACUGUUCCACACUCUCCUCCACCACUAGGCCUUUUUUGUACAUUGUGUCCAAAUAAAACAGGUCUGCUUAAACCCAUGA